AUUGCUUAUCGAACAUUGAAUUCGGCAACGUCUCAAGAGCAAACAUAAUCGAACAACCAAUCGGAGCAUUUAGAUACCGCGCCUAUCUACGACAAUAAUAGAUAUUUAGCCGAAACCAUUGUUUUUGAUUGUUAUUAUAUCAUAGAGUGGAUAGGAGCUCAACGCUACAUGCUAGAAGGACGACUGAUAAAAGAUUACCGCGGUAACAGUAUCAUUUGAUCAUCCGUCGAGUAAGGAUCAUCUCCACGUACACGGAGAAAUACAAGGGGCAACAACAGUUAACUAAUUGAAUCAAUUCAACAAGUGCCGUCCGCCGCUGAUUGCGGCUCUCUGGAAGCAAGCAGACGAUGCGACCGCCCUUAGUAAUGCUAGCAGAUUCCUAAGUGUUAUUUUGUGCUUAAGUGAUCACAAUGUGUAUCUUAGUGCGAUUCUGUUGAUAUGUGAUAUAAGUUCUACAAACAAAAUUAAAUAUGACAAGAUCGUACAACGGUUAUUUGGCCUUCAUCGUUCUAUUAACCAGUCGCAUUUCAUGCAAAGAGUUAACAGAGAUUGAAGUGUUGUCCUCGCAGCCAACCCGAUGCACAUAUGAACAUGCGUAUGACAUGUAUGGCGCUCAUUGUGGCGGGCUUCGACUCACCAAGAUACCUUCAUUAAGAAGCGGUAUAGAGAUUCUCGACUUUAGUGACAAUAAGUUGCAAGAACUACACGCGGACACUUUUUCAUCGUACACAAGCAUAAAAUUCCUUUAUUUGGCUGAAAAUCAAAUAUACAUGAUUGAUAAAGAUGCGUUUGCAGCUUUAACAGAUCUCCAGACUUUAGAUUUAUCGAAGAAUGUCAUUCUAGAACUUCCAAAUACAAUUUUCCAGUUGCCAUCAUUGCGAAAAUUAUACUUGGGUGGAAAUCCUUUACUUCAUUUAAGUUUCAAAUAUUUAACGAUCAAAAAGCCUAUCCAGGCACCACUGGAGCUUCUAGACUUGUCGGAUUGCAAAAUAAACCAAUUACCGGAUUGGGGUGUCUUACCGCAACUAAUUCUUUACAAUAUAUCACACAAUCCAUUAACAACACUUGAUGCCCAACAUUUCAGCGCAAUGUGCAAAUUGGCAAAGGUCGAUUUGACCGAAUCAAUAGAUAAAAUUAAGAUAUGCGAAUUGAAAAUGACUGUUAUGUGGUUUCAAGAAAAGCGUGUUUACUUCCAUUUGAGUGAUUAUACCAAGUUAAAUUCGAGAGAAUUUGAAAACUGUCCUCGGCCGGAAAUAUUGGGAGCGUUAAACGCUAGUUAUCAUCACUGCAAAUCCGUUUAUACCCAGGUUCAAAACGUUAAAUCGUCGCGACGAACAUGGCUGACUAUAAGCGGCGGACUGGCCGGUUUUCUUGUCGGAUUCGUACUGCUGUUGUAUAUCAUGCAUCGACACAACGUCGCACAGACUAAAAGAACAGUGAAAAACAAGAAUCCAUCGCCAAUUGGCGAUAAGAAUGCGACAGCAGUCCUUCUCAACGACGUAUCAUAAUACUCUGUUAACUCCGUUGUGUUAUUAUUUUGCACGUAACUAAAUACACAUAUUUAAUGUUCGACGUUCAAACGAGAGAACGUGAAACUUUUCGAUUUAUUUUUAAUUUUAUUUGUGAAAAUGUGUAAACAAACACGCGACCAAGCUUUAGUAAGUUUCCUGCAUAUAAAAUUUUAUAUUCAGAAAAAUUUACCCCUUCAACAUAACAUGAAUUUUACGUUCCUUGAAGGAACAAUUACGUUCCAUUACACGUAAUUGAUUAUGGUUCCCGAGCAAUUAAAAUCGUAACUAUAACUUCUCUUGUUAUUUUAGGAUCUUUAUGUGUGUUUCAACUCAAUUCAUGUUGAAUUUCAAUUUUCUACAAACGGUAUAGGUAUUUAUGGCAAAUAAGCCAAAUGUAAUUCGGCGAUAGAGGAUGUUAAUUUCGGAUAUAUAAAAGUCGAGAAGGGUUUUAUGCGAUACUUAUUCCAAAGUUACAGCCCAAAGAUGAAAGCUGGAGAGAACACAGUGUUAUUUAACCUUAUAUUAUGUAUGAUAUUGUUAAAAAGUAUACGGUAAUACGGCGUGGAACUCUGAGGUGGAACUUGAUGUUUUUAUUAAUUCAAUUUUUACAAUUAAUUUACUUUAUAGUGAUUUAGAAUGGAUACAGAUAUUAAAUUAACAUUUUCUGUUUGUGUUUUAUAUUUUUAGAUUAUUUUUAAGGAAAAUUAAUUGUUAAGAUAUUCAUAUAAAACUAUAUAGAGGCUUACAAAGGCUGACUAGACGUACUAAUUUCACAUUAUAAAAUAUCAAUUCACCUAAGUACUAAGAAAUAUUGUUUCAUCAAAUAAAUUUUAUAUAUAGAUAGUUAUGUAGGUGUUAUGGUUUUUACAAUAAAUUGCCAAAGAUGUUAUAUUUAAAAUAUAUGUCUAACUAAUGCUGGUGUAAAAUUAAUACAAAAGAAAUUAUUGCAAUUUAAUCUACUGUGAUACAGAAAAUAAAUUAUGAUUAAAUGUC